AUGAAUAUGCAUCGACCAAGUCUGGCACCACAUCUAGCUGCUGAAGUAAUAGAAGAAGAAAAGGAGAAUAUAGUACCAUUGCAAGGCGGUAGGCCAGUGUCACAAUUGGUAAAAACAUUGGCCAGUUCACGAAACUAUUCGCUAGAAAGCUUAAGAGAAAAACUACAACACGAACGAAAUCAGUUCGAACAGCAACUAAGAGACCUGGAAGAGCAGGAUGACCCACUACAGGCUUACUUAAACUACAUCGAUUGGACCCACAGAAAUUUUCCACAGGGUGCUAAGACAUCGAGUGGUUUGUUUGGUCUUUUGGAAAGAUGUGCGUCGAGAUUCAGAGACAUUUCUCUUUACAAGAAUGAUCCCAGGUAUUUGAAAGUAUGGCUUGAGUAUAUUGACUACCACGAUACCCCCAGAGAUGCUUAUAUUUAUCUAGCGACUAAGAAAAUAGGGGUUCAAUUGGCACUUUUUUAUGAAGAAUUCGCUCGUCACUUAGAGUUAAAGGAUAAAUUUGCCGAUGCUCAUGGGGUGUAUGAAAUUGGAAUCCAAUUCAGAGCCUUUCCGAUACGGCGUCUUGAAAAAUCUUUUCAAAAAUUUCGAGAACGAAUGUCUGCAAGACACAUUUCUGUUUCAUCGCCAAGUGAAGAUAUUAGAAAUGCAUUAGCGUUGAAACAAGGAAGAAAUAUCGAGCCCCAAUCUGGGGAGCAAUUGAUCAAAAGGAGUAAGAUUGAGAUUUUCCAAGACGAUGCGGAGUUCGACUUAAAUACUAUACAAUCGGCAUUUGAGAAGGAGAGUAGUCAGGACCAACCAUUUGAGUCAAGAAGGUCUCGCAUGAAAGAAAAUACCUUAGCUCCAACGAGGUGGAGUGGGCAGAUAUUGCAACAGAAGAAACCGGGACCUAUCGCUGCAGGUGAGAAGUUACGAAUCUUUUGCGAUAAUUCAUCUAACACAACAACUACACAAGGUGGCAAUACUGAAGUUUGCAGACUGAUUCAGUCAUGCAAAGAUGGUCAUCAUGUGUAUACAUUAAUUGAAGUACCCGGAAAAAGGCCAGAAAAGGUCAUGUUGAAUAUGGAUCUUUUAUACCCGGACUUGGAAUCUGAACUUAGUUCCAUUGAGUAUUUGGCAAUACUAAGGCGAUCCCUCCAAACUAGAGUGUCUGAAACAAAUAGCGACAAUGAGGCUGCUCCAGUUCACGAGCAGGGUAAGGACAUAGCGAACUUCACUAUUUCGUCUCUUGAAGAUACUUCGAAAUUUACGACUAAGGACCCUACUGUUACUAUGUAUUCGAAAAUGGCCAAAAACGAAGUAUUUGAUAUCUUUAAUCAAGCUUCGCAAACAUGCGAGCAAAGUGAGUUUACUGAAACACGAAUUGACGACCCUACUGUUACGAACUUUGAUGGAUUUGUAACUGAAACAAUGCACCCACAGAGAAGAACACCCGAGCAGCCUCAAGAGCAUCUUAUUCCAACACAGGCUGAUGAACCCAAUACUGAUGCGCAUGAUGUCCACAACACUAGUUCCUCAUUUCUUUUCUACCCUUCAUCAAAGGAAGGAGAACGGCAACCUAGCAGGACAACAACUAUAGACCCAUUUGAUGCGGGAACAAGACAAUCAAUUUUGCAAAACUUGGUAAUCCCUUUGACAACAUAUCCGGGAUAUUUUGAUAAAUCAAGUAAGAUUGCAAGCCAAUUUUUGAGAAUAUCAGAUUUCUUCAGCAGUGCUAACUCACACUCCAACUCACAUUCAAUGAUACUUGGCUGUUUAGGGGAUGAGAUGUAUUCUUUAGUUUCAUGCUUCAAAAGACAAAAGUGUUCACUUGUGUGUUUGGUCGAGUCAGAAUCAGGAUGUUUGAAAGUUUUGAAAAUUCUGCGACCAGCCACUUCGUGGGAGUUCUUUAUACUUCGGCGUAUACGAAGACGAUUGUUGAAAGAUCUCUCUCAUGAAAAACAAUUUGCGAAAGCGGAAAAUCUCUUCAGCUUUAGCGAUGAAAGCUUUUUGGUGCUUGAGUAUUAUCCUCAAGGCAGGUUGAUGGAUGUAAUCAAUCUUUUCAAAGCAAAAGGGAAGCUACUUGAUGAGUGCCUUGUCAUGUUCUUUUCAAUCAGGUUACUCGAAGCUACAGAAACCUUACAUGGAAUGGACAUCAUCCAUGGAAACAUAAAUACUGAGAAUUGCAUGAUCAAUUUUGUGCGCAGCGAGGAUCGAAAUUUUUCUCCAGUUUUUGAUCGAAGCGGCAAGUAUGGCUGGGAUAAGAAACGACUCACCUUAAUAAACUUUAGUGCAGCAAUUGAUUUGACAGAGUUUCAAAAAGGAAUCACGUUUACAUCAUCCAGUCGAGCUCUUGGCAGUGGCUUUAUAAAUCGUAUGGAUGGAAAGACAUGGACGUAUGAAAUCGAUAAUUUUGGAGUUGCCGAUACUAUACAUGCUUUACUAUUUGAUGAAAGUUUGCAAAUUGCAGCAAUUGAUGGCAAGAUUCAAAUAAAACGCAGCUUAUCGAGAUUUUGGCAGCCUCAGUUGUGGCAAGAGCUUUUUGAAGUUUUGUUGAGUUCUAAUGGCAUGGAAGGUCAUCAAGCAAAUGCAUUGAAAUUGAAAGAGAUUAGAGGAAAGCUUGAAGAGUGGUUGGAAAGCUAUGCAGAAGCUGGAAAUUUGAAAAGGACAAUUGUUUUCCUUGAAGAAGAGUUGGGGUCAACCUAG